AUGCCCAAACCAUCUCUUCCUUCUCUCUUCUCGACGUCAGCAACCCACUCAAACACUGCAACCGGUGACGAAGGAGAUGUGCCAGUGCUGGUACGGGUGCGGGCAUGGAGAGGCGACGCUACUGUAAACGCAGCGUCGCGACCCAUUCAUCACGACCUAUUCGUCGCGAUGCUGUUGUGGUUUGGGCCCGUCUCUGCCUUCUCUCUCUUCAAAAUCGACGACCCAUUGAAGAGAGGUCAUCUAGGCUUGGGAGAUGCGAAGCCAGAAGAUGUGUCUGAAGACACAGUUAAAGCUGUAACUGAAACUCUGAGAACCUCUACUUUCGUUAAGGCUUCUAAAGAUGGCAAGAAGCUUGGUAGAGUUACUGAGCUAGAGAAGCCGGAGGAGGUUAUAGAGCAAUUGGAUGUCAGAACAAUUGCUGCCUCACCGCUGGAGUAUGAUGUGAAACUUGAAGACGUAGAAUUAUUCUUUAACAAGUAUGCUAAGGUUAAUAGUGUGAGGCUACCUCGUCAUGUUGCUGACAAAAGGUUGUUUUCUGGAACUGCCCUUAUUGAGUUCUCCACUGAGGAAGAUGCUGCAAAUGUUUUAACGCAAAGCUUGAGUUAUGCAAGGGUUGAAUUAGAACUAAGACCAAAAUGCACUAAAUUCUUGAAAUACUACAUGGGUUUCUCUUCUUGUGGCUGUUUUGUUACCCCAUGGGGCUUUGAGACUCUUGGUAGAGCUUGCGAUAGCUCAGGAUGA